AUGGAUCUUGCUAUCCAAUUCAUCUUGCAACUCGCUCCCAUACGCGCAACCGAUGACUACGCUCACGCCCUGGCAUAUUUGAUUGAGUAUUGGGAAUGGGAUAUUGACGCGUAUCGAAGCUACCUGAACCCAAACAUCCGCGCCGACAAUACCUAUAUCGUCCUGUGUGCACUUAUGCUUCUGGCCAUGGUCGAGUUGAUGCAUUUGCGCUACAGUGGGUUGACCUCUGAGGAGUUACAAGGACGUAUCCGUGCCAUUGGUCCUCGUACUUUUGCCAUCCUGGCUGCUAUCCCUCGCCUGGGUGUGAUCAUCAUCCGCAUCGUCGAAAUCGUCGUGAUAGCAGACUCCCCGGCCGUUGCAUGUAGCCUCAUAGUGGCGAGCAUGUUCCCAGUGCUCAUGAAAUACGAGGGUGCAUUGUCAAUAGAAGAACACCACAACGUGCACUUGAACGAAAUGGGUUUGACGUUGAGGCAUAACCUCGGCUGUGACGGGUCGCUCGAAGAUUAA